AUGGAGAACGGCUAUUCGUGGUAUAUAGCCGUUAUCUUCACAUUUGGAGAGACCGCCGGAUCAGGAUUGGUGGCACUUCCGAAUGCAAUGCUUUCAUUAGGUCUUGUUGGUGGAAUGAUCACUCUGAUUGUUAUGUGUCUGAUACCGUUUUACACUGCAACGUUACUAGGAAAUAAUUGGAUUAUUAUGAAGACGAGGUGGAGUGAGUAUAGUGAGCACUGCAGGAAUCCGUAUCCAGAGAUGGCGCAGAAAGCAUUGGGAGAUGGAAUGGGGCACUUCACCAGUUUCUGUACCUACCUGACCGUCUUUGGCGGUACUGCAGUAUUCUCCCUGCUAGCUGCCAAGACCCUAUCCGAGGUGCUCAACGGAUUCGGAGUCCCUGAAACCAUGUGCUCAACUCUGAUCGGUGUAGGAAUAAUAUUGUGGCCAUUUGUUAUGUUGAAGAGUCCAAUGCAUUUUUGGCAAGUGUCAAUUGUGGCAACCGUAUCAACUGUCACUGCAGUUGCAUUAAUAUUAUUUGGGUAUGCAUUGGAUCUGAAAGGAUGUCAUGAGCACUCUGCAUUUCCUGAAUUCACUCCUGUUGCCGCUUCCAACAGUCUGGCAACUAUCAUAUUUGCAUACGGUGGUCAUCCAUGUAUCCCAACAAUUGUCCAUGAUAUGAAGACGCCUCAACACUAUUUCAGAUGCUUCUUGUUGAGUUAUAUUGGACUCUUCCUCCUCUACACUCCCGUUUCUCUCCUCGGAUUCUGGAUUUAUGGAGACAGUGUAUCUGAUUCGAUUAUCAGCUCAAUUCAAAAUGAUACCCUCCGUCGUGGAAUAUCCAUUCUGAUUGCCGUUCACGUCUUCUUUUCUGUUCUGAUAAUUGUGAAUCCACUGCUACAAGCAUCUGAGCAUGUAUUCAGGGUAAAACAAGAAUUCGGCAUCGGUCGAUUCAUAAUCCGCACCAUCGUCUUCUGGAUCAUCAUCUUCAGUGCCGCUUCUGUUCCAAAUUUUGGAGUUGUCGUGAAUCUGGUGGGCGGGUCCACUCUUCCACUUCUAGUUCUCAUAUUUCCACCUCUUUUUGCAAUGUGUUUGGAGGUGAAACAGAAAUUGGAAGAAGACGGGGCAAAGGAGGAGUUUGGAUUCAAAGCAAUCCUCAGAUACCACUCCAAGCUCCGCCUCCUAUUGGACGCCUUCAUUUACGUCCUCGGUUUCUACGUGAUGUUCCAUUCCACGUAUCACUCCAUCUCAUCCAUUUUCUUCUCUGAAAAUCCACCGACUCGAUCUUGCUUCACAACGUGGUUCUCCUCUUCUGAAACUCUUCAGAAUCUCACGACGUCUACAUCUCAUUCGACACAUUUUCAGUGUUGUGGUGCUUUUAGAAAUAUCUCAUUGAAUGGUCAAUCGUGUUUUUAG